AUGGAGAGUGAUAUUAAGGGGUUUACACUACCACCGGCUCCUCGAGGACUCUGUUUUGACCGUAAUGAUUUCGUGAAGACAAACUUCUCAGUAGACAGUUUCUUGGCAGAACAUCAGAAUGUGGCGUCUUUGGAAACUAUGCGAGAUGACUUGGGCGUGUACCUUAAAGUUCUCAGAUUAGCUAUGAUAGAACUAAUAAACAAAGAUUACGCCAACUUCGUUAAUCUCUGUGCUACGCUAAUUGGUUUUGAUAAAACAAUCGUAAAAAUCCAAUUGCCGUUGGGUCAACUAAACAACGAAGUCGAGGACGUAAAAAAGUGUCUAGAAGAUGCUAUGAAAGAAUUGGCGCUUUGGUUAAACCAGCGACAUUCUCUCUUGAAGAAGAAGCAAUUACUAAAGUAUUACAGUCAAACAGUCAAUUGCCUAAGUUCCAUUGAAAAUAUUUUACAAGACAUUACAGAAAAGACACGUCAGGAACAAAUGGUGUUAGCAGAUAGAGCAGCAAUGGAAUACAAUCAUUUAAAGUUUUCUAUAGUUAAAUGUAAUAAUGUGGUUAAGCCAGAGCAAAAGAAGCAAUACAAUGAGGUGGGAGGCAAGUUAAUACAGAUAUUAAAUGAUCUACUCUUCCAGUUUUGGAAUGAUCAUAAUGAAGAGAACCUCCUUAAGACAUUAAUGAUUUUGACAUCAUUAGAUAGGAUAACUGAAACAGAAAUGCUAAUGAGGAAACAAGCAGUUGGACCAUUAUUGCUUGAUAUCAUUAAUGAGCCAUCUUUGCAGAGAAGUAAAGAAGGUCUUGAAGGCAUCUAUGCCAGGAUUCUGUCAUUACUAGACACAAAAUUAAAGUUACUUCUAACAGUAACGCAACAUUCCAAAUUGAAGUUUCAGGUGCAACAAUUUAGAUUUCUAGUUAAUUGUUUCUGGUGUGAAGUUGAGAACCGUCUAGAAGUAAACUUAGCAUCUAUAUUUGCACCAGGGAACCCACAGUUAUUUUAUAGGAGAUACAGUGAAAGUAUGCAAUUCAUAAAGAAACUAGAAUUACAUUGUGAUAGCAAAAACACAGUAAAAUUACUACAUUCAACAUCUGAAUAUAAAAGCUUUCAACGAAGAUGGAAUCUGCCAGUUUAUUUUCAAAUUAGGUUUCAAGAAAUUGCAGGUGGCUUUGAAUCUUCAUUAAGGUCGAGUCCUACACUUCAUAGAGACAAUGAUGACUUUCUACUUAAGGAGACAACUAAAUGUUGGAAAGCUUUACAAGAUUGUUGGUCAGAUGGGAUCUUUAUCGAAGCUCUGUCCCACAAGUUUUGGAAGCUAUCUCUUCAACUUAUAGCUAGAUAUAGCACAUGGAUAAGUAAAUAUUGUUUGCAGAGGCACUCUUCACCAAAAGUGGAAAUUGGCAGCAUCAAUAAAACACUUAUAACAACUUGUAUGGACUUGUAUGUUGACACGAUAGCCUUACAUCAAAAAUUGCCGAAGUUCAUAGAAAUUGUUGAAAGCAAAUUGCCUAAUCAAAACUGUAGAGAGCUCAUCAAACAAAGUAUAAAGCCAUCUGAAGACAUGCUAUGUGAUAAUAAAGUGAAAAUUAGAGAAUGCAUAGUUAAUGAAUUAUUCAGCUUCUUCAAUAUACAUUUGAAACAAGUCAGUGACAUACCAAGAUUGUACAGAAAGACCAACCGGAGUGUACCUACAAAACCAUGCUCUUAUAUUGAUGUCAUAGUUAAAGUUGUUGAAGAUUUUAAAACAGAUUCAAAAAGACUGGAUAAUGCAUUUUUGAUUGAUAUAUUUGAAUCUUUAUAUAAUAUUAUGACACUAUCCUAUUGUAAAUAUGUUGAGGAUGUACUUACAUCUGUUCAAAAGACCGAGGAAUCUUUGAGGAGACUGAAACAAAUUAGAGAACGAUCAUCACAGCCAAGCAAUGAAUCCGCCGGAGUGACGGAUGGUGAUAAAAUACGAUUACAACUGAACGUCGAUGUUAUGUAUUAUACUAAGUUAGCAGAAUCACUACAUAUAAAUGUAAAUAAUGUGCACAAGUUAACAGAAUUAACUUCUAUGACUACAGAAGCUGUAAAGAAUAUAGAUAUUAAAUGA